AUAUUGAGAUAGCUGCUUACAGGAAGUUGCUUGAGGGGGAGGAGUCUCGCUUCAAUGUGGGUGUAGGGGGAUUGGUCGGGGCUUACUCUGUUGGUCCUGUUUACUCCCGACCCAUGUUUUCACUGUCCACCCUGAGUUCUGGUGCCCCCUACCUGCUUGGAUCUCGCCUAGUUAGUGCAUCCCUCUCAGCUGAUGAGGCCAUCACAUCCAGUCAAGCUCAAGAAGCUGCUGCCAGUCCCACCAAGGAAGAAGAAGAAGAGGAGGAGGAGGAGGAGGAGGAAGAGAAAGAGGAAGAGGAGGAAGUAAAGGAAGAGGAAGCAGAAGAGGAGGAGGAAGAAGAGGAAACAAAGGAGGAAGAGGAAGGUGCUGAACAGGAAGAGGAAGAGGAAGCCGGAGCAGAGGAAGAGGAAGAAAACAAGAUGGCGUUGAUUCCUGACGCAGAGCUGAGUGACAAGGAUUCCUGGACUCAGUGUGAAACCGGAGGCGUGGCCCCGCCCAUCGCCCGCCCCACGCCCCGCCCCUCGAGAGGCAGGACCCACGAAACCGCGGCCCCGUCCUCCGGCGGAGAAACUCUUCAAGACACGGACUCCUCGGACACUUUCUCUGGACGCUAA